AUGAUCAAAGAAACAAGCAAAAUCGAGGUGGACUUCUACGACCCUUGGAGCAGAACUGGUUUCAAAGCUCUGAGGGAACGAGCGGAUGCGGCCGGCAGAGUGAUAAUGGCCCAGUUUGGAUCAUAUCUCAAAGGAACCUUCGACAAGGAUUCUUUCAUGGAGAGUGCCAAAGAGUUCGUGAAGAUUUUUCCUGUUGACGGCUUCAGUGUGGGCUUUUCAGCAGAGCCCGGUAAAUCCCAAGUUGUGAAGGAGCUUGUCGCGGCUAUUAAAGAGCUCAACCUACGUGUGUCGUUAUGGUUCAAAACGUCUAAUUGGCAGGAACUCAAACAAACCGGCCUAGGGAAGAUGGUUGAUAAUGUCGUAGUUAUUCCGUGGCCAAGUGACAAGAACGAGUCCAUAGAAAACUUCAAUACGGACCGUUUCGCCGAAGAUAUGAUCAAAGAUGUCGUCAAAGCUGGUGUAGAUCUCAAUAAGCUGUUUUUUUUCAUAGUUUUCUUUGGACUCACCUUCUGCAUCGUUGGCGCGUUCGCUGAAACGGACCUCAUAGCUACUGUGUGGCGUGAAAUCCAGUGUUGCUUUUUAGAUACCACUAAUCGCUAG